GCACUUCCUCUACAGCCGGAUGAAGUGCUACAGCUGCUGGAAGGUCAUCCCCCACUGCUUCUGGCCUUUUUGGAGGAUUUGGUAGAAAAGAAGGAGGUUCACAGUCUCAGAGAUACCCCAGUGCCACGAGCGAAAGGAGCUCGCACUGCCGGGAGCCAAAGGGAUGACGCCAACACGGACCAAGCUUUUAAGGAUGUUGGUUGGCUUUUAGAGAGAGAAGGUAAUGGAAUGCUGAAUGCAGAUGCUGCGAGCUUGCUGGAUGAUGGCUUCCAGCGACACACUGUGGUUUUGGUUGGGGUGACCGGUGAUGGAAAGAGCUCGACUGGAAACACAUUGUGUGGAACAUCCGCUUUCCAGGUGUCAGCAGGCUUCAAAUCCGAAACGCAGGAAUUGGCCCAUGCAGACUACCUCUGUGGAGCGUCCUUUUGGCGGGUGAUUGACACCAUUGGCCUGCAGGACACCAACUUGACGCAGAAAGAGGUUCUGGAUCGCUUUUCGACUUUCUCUGAAGCAGCUGCAGAAGGGAUCGACGUCUUCCUGUUUGUGGUGCGCUGGGGUCGCUUCAAACCGGAGCAUGAUGAAGCCUUGGCUGCUUUUGCUCUGAAUUGUGGCGAGUCGGCCUUGCGCCAUACAAUGCUGGUCUUUACUCAUUGCGAUCUUGAUGAAGAGACCCUUCAACGGCAAGUUCUGGACCCUUCUGCCCCACCUUCAUUGAGACAUUGGUUGGAGAGAAUUGGUGGAGGCUUUGUUGGAAUCGACAACACAGAUGGACCAGCAGCACGCCUGCACGUCCAAAGUGCUCUUACACGAUUGGUGGCUGGCCACGAGGGAGUGCGGUAUAGCAACGAAGCACUGGCAGAUGCGCGCGAGAAAUUGAAGGCCGCCGAGGAAGCUGAAAGCAAAGCCUUUGCAGCUGCCGUGGCCGAGUGGCGCCGUGGAAGCGGCCCAGUCUCUAUCGAACGUGAAGAAGGUGUGAUUACCCGACCUCCAAUCAACGUGGAAAGGUUCAUUGAAGAUGCAGAAGGUCUCAAUUCUGAGCUUUUGCCUCGUCUUGAAGCGCUUCAAUUGCACGAGGAACGAGUUGUGCUUUGCAGCCGCGAGAACAAACACUACGAAGCAUUGCAAAUUCUCAGUAUCGACCUGAACGAUCUGAGCCGUGCGGAAAUCUACUGUCGCCUGCUGAUGGCCAGGGAAGCACAGCGGAUCCAGGAGAAGUUCUCCGUCUUCUCCGCGGACCUACCGGGCUGGGCGCGUGGCGUGGUCUUCGGGUGCGCCACCGGUGCACCUUGGGGCUCGCAUGGGCCGCAUGGGGCGGGCUGCGCCAGGCCAAAGAAGUCCGGAGCGCCGGAGAAUCAGCAGGAGAGGCUUGACGCUCACAAGUGGGCCACGGAAAGACCCGAGGAGUAUAAGAAGGUCUCUGCAGAGUACCGUGAAGCGAUUCUGGCUUUGCUCAUGGGAUAUGCUGGACAUACUGAUUUGCCGCCAAAUGAGGUCCUUGGGAUCCUUCCCGCGAACUGGACUUUGGAGGGCGUUGCGGAUUACCUCAGCAAAUGCGCGCGCAUUUGCUUGCACCAGCAAAGAGCGAGCAUGCUCGAAGAGAAUUUGAGUUCCAUGGCGUACUUGAAGACCUUCAGUGCGUGGACAAAGGAACGCAUGAGGAAGGUGAACAUCACGGUGGACCGAUGCUGCCCAGUUUGCAACAAGCGCUUUGUUGACAAGGACAAUGUGGGAAAAGCAUUCGUGGCGUACCCGAACGAGACCUGUGUUCACUUCACGUGCAAGGAGCAUCCGUCGAUCUGUCCAAAGACUGGAAAGAACUUCUCGGAUAACCUCUCAGUCUAUUGCACUGGACUCAAUGUGCCAUUUUGGCGGGCAGGCUUCAAGAUGACUGUACAUACACUGUGGUACUCAAGCAAUAGAAAAUUCCCCAUUUAUAUAUAG